GUCCAGCAUCGCGUCCCGAUUGAACGAAACACACAUGUCCAUUCAGUCCGCAUCGGUUGCCAUAGCAACCGAGGAGGGGCAGUACGAGAACAAGAAUCUGUGGCGGCGCUUACUGGGACUCGUGGGUUUUGAAUCCAAAGAGACGUUGGGACUGCGCCACAGUAUCAUGGGCCCAGACAGCACCAGUGACGACGCGUGCGACAUCACCACUUUCAGCACACACACCGCCGAGACGACUUUAGCAGACAUCAAGGGCAAGCGACACAGCAAGACCAUGCAUGCGUUGAUAGGGGGAGAACGAGAUUCCGGAACAUUCUGGUCACCCCCAAGCACAAGCAGACGGGCAGGGCUGAGGUCUGCGUCAAUGCAGAACCCAUCGCCUAUAGUGCUGCACCCAGACUCGUACUCAAACGACGGCAUGGGCGCACCCCCACGACAACGCAAUAGCCUGGACACUGGGGACCAGCAGGGUUAUCUAGGCCGGACCUCGCGUUUCCAUUGCAACCGGAGCUUUGAUGGGUACCCACAGCCGAGCACACAGACGUCGCCUUCGCAUGGCGUGGCCACAAGACAGCACGUGUGUGUGCAACGCUACUGCAGUCAACCGCCACGAAUGGGGCCAGCACGGCCCAGGUUAGACAGCGACUCAGAGAGCUUCACACACCACGCGUAUCCGAAUAUCCUAGACGCACACGUACACGCACAGCACCAUGUGACACAGACAACAGCCACGCAAUACACCGAUACAAACCACCAGCAACAACAACAGCAACACAGGUGCCAGCCUGACAGUGCAUGCACACCAACACACACACACACACCGUCUGAGAGCAUCAGCGAAUACAAGGCUAUGUCGGAAGUGUCUCUGCCGAGAGAUACGGACGAGUACAUCGACCUCAGGGGAUCGCCAACGUCGCAGAGGUGACGGAGAGGUGCUUGUGCAGCCAUUGCUGAAAUGGGCUAUAUGUACGCUAGUGCAAUGCCUUGAUACAUCUGUGAAUUAAGACGAUGCGAGUGGGCACGAUUGCUUUAUGGUUGUUAAGUGCUCCUCUAUCCUUCUCUGCUGCUGCAUGGUAGGGUCUGGGAGGGAGGGAGGAGGAGGAGGGGGUCUAUGCAGCCAUUGGGUAGACCUGAAUAAGGGUCUCAUACACUAGCUACAUGCACGGACACGAGUUGCUGGCAGUGCAGAAGAAGGGUGGGUUGCUGUAUAGUACACUAGACUGAGCUAGCAGUAGCAGUAGAGUGCUCUACCGCUCACGUUGUGUCCUGUAGGGGGUUUAGGAACAGACCGCCCAAGUACGCAUGCCUUGUGAAUCAGUCGGAUAAGGUGGCAGAUAUAAUUUCGCACCCAAAAGUGGCCCACAUAGUGGUCGUAGCUAUGCGAAGUAUUGGAGAGAGUUACAUCCCAAAUGCGUACCGAAUGCGUAGUUUCGGGAACAUUCCGAUUCGAGCCCUGCCAUAUUGAGAGUGACGGCUCUAGCCUUCCAACCAGUUCUAGUCCCAUACCACCCCACUGGCAACCACUGCAAUAUGUGGUGACGGAUGAGGGUUCUUAAUCGCCACAUAAUCUGGUAGGUAAAUGCCACAGAAAAAAAAGGAAAAAAUGCCAAAGAGGCUUAAAGACCAACAGACCACUCUCAUGCAACAGAUGAAGCAUCACUGCAAGGGUGGUGGUAGGCCUUUGACGAAGGCAGACAAGUUGUUAAAUGCGUAAUUGAACCACCCAGGGCAUUGGAAAGUAUGCUCAUCCGACGAAGACUACACACCGGUGACACGUCGUACACGUGCUCAGAGACGUGUCAGUGGGGUCACACUAUCAGUUAUAGAGACAAGUGAAGCACAAUAAACUCAUGUAGUCUAAUGGCAGCCAG